AUGUGGUUCGAAGAGCGCAGUUGGUCAAAUCUGAAGAUGUCGUCGUUGCUCGUCGAAGAAUGGAGAGACCUAUGGUCUCUAAAGAUCGACGUUAUCGUCGCAUCGUUGGCUUAUGUCUUCGCCACAACCAACUUCCUCAAUCUUCCGAAACUCAUUCUCGAAAAUGGUGGACUUGCCUUCGUUGCUGCGUAUGCAGCUGCUAUACUAGCUUGUGUUCUACCGAUCAUUGUUAUGGAACUAUCCGUGGGUCAGUUGACCGGACGUGCACCAGUUCAGGCUUUAUACAAUAUGUGCCCUAUAUUUCGAGGUGUUGGAAUUUCGCAGAUUAUAUUUUCGCUAUUCGUAAUGGCUCAUAUGGCCCGUUUCUUGGGCUGGCUAAUGCUUUAUCUCUUCCAUUUGUUUUGGGCUGUGUUGGAUGGUAGACCUGCUUUAAUUGGUGUCAAUUUCAGCACGUUAGAACAACCAUCACAUAGUAUCGUAGAGGUGGGCGAUUUCCAAAUCUAUCUUCUCGCUGCGAUGGGUGCUGUUUGGGUUUUGGUCUUUAUAGCGAUUUGUUUUGGUGUUCGAUGGCUUGGAAAGGUAUUAUCGUCGAUAAUCAUUUCUUUCAUCGUCACUGAUCAUUUCAGCUGA